GCGACCAUCUGUGAGCUCCCUAAACAUGACUCUGGCCGCGCCUGGAUUUUCAAGGACUUCGUUGGUCCGGUUUUGUUGUCUGGCCAAAAAUGUUUUAGGGUCUCUUCCUUGUAUACACAGCCAAAGCUACAGGGUAAUGCCAUGUUUCGUAUUCACAGUCCAUUCUGCAGUGGUGAGAAACUUGCCACCCACCAGAUGCAUGAGUAGGACUUCGUUUGAGCUCGACACCCACAAUGGUGUUGUGCGGUUUUCGAUUGGUAAGCCACCUGAUGAAACUGGUUCCGAUACACAAGAGAACAAGGUAGCUAAACGAGUUACAAUGUCCAAGAAAGCCAAACUCAAUGAACUACGGUUUUAUCGUCUCAAGGCCAAAAAGAAGAUCAACUCUCCAAACCCAGAAGUUAGGAUUAGAUACAAACUCGAAAAGGCGAAACGAAAGGAAGCAUGGUUGAUUGAGAAGUUGAGAAAAUUCCUGGUUCACAAAGCUCCUGCUGAAACACAUGAUCCUGAAAUUUUAACUGAAGAGGAAAAGCAUUAUCUUAAGCGAACUGGUGAGAAGAAGAAGAACUAUGUACCGGUUGGAAGGCGGGGAGUAUUUGGAGGGGUUGUGUUAAAUAUGCAUCUGCAUUGGAAGAAGCAUGAGACAGUGAAGGUUGUUUGCAAACCUUGUAAGCCGGGACAGGUUCAUGAAUAUGCUGAUGAGCUUGCUCGGCUGAGCAAAGGCAUUGUGAUUGACAUCAAAUCUAAUAAUACUAUAAUUUUCUAUCGGGGAAAGAACUAUGUGCAGCCGGAAUUAAUGUCACCGCCAGAUACACUGUCCAAAAAUAAGGCGCUUGAAAAAUAUCGAUAUGAGCAGUCCCUUGAACACACAAGUCAGUUUAUUGAAAAAUUGGAGAAAGAACUAGAGGAAUAUCACCAGCAUCUUGCUCGUUUUAAGAAAGUUAAAGAGGAUACGACACAAGAUUGUUUUAUCAAUAGAUGAUUGGCCCUGGGAAGUUAUAGGUAUGAGCUGUUCAUUGAACAAGCAGACAUUCAACAUGAGAAUAUUUAAUCAGUCAUAAAUUAUUGUUCCAUAUUGUAUGCCAUUUGUAUGACUGCUACUUGCUUGGCUUUAUGAUCCGUAAUAAUUACUGGAGUGUGGUGAAGAUCUUGCUUAUAGCUGCCACCUCUGAUGCACGGAGCAUGGAGUGUUGAAGUGUCCGACACAUCCUGACAUGCCAACACGGCCGGACAUGGUGUCCGACACGUCACAUGGUGUGUCGGAAUAUGUUUGACUUCUUUGACACGUUGACUGACACGGUCCGAGGGUGUUGCUAUUGUUGUUGUUCUCAGGUUCCGCGGUGGUUGGGACAGCGGAGAGUGGGUAAGGAUUGGGAGGGGGUGGUGGCCAGUGAUGUAGAUAACUAGUAUUUUACUAUAUAUACAACCGCUCGCAUCACACUCAUUCGGCCAAGCCCUUGUGAUGUAGAACAGACGGCGAUACAGAUUGAAGAAUUGCAAGUCCAAACCCAGUUUGCUCCAAAUUUGACAUUCGGUGUCUGAUUGCUAAUUAUAAUACAUUUCCGUAAGCGAAAUGGUGAUACGAGUCAAACAUAGGGCUUUGUCCUGAUGUAUGGGCUUUUUCGGCCAUCCGAGUCUGUUUAGGGCCUCAAAAGUCAAAACGCAGAUUUUUUUUUGUUUCGGUAUUUUACUUUUCUAGAUUCUCAAAAAAAAGUAUUUUACUUUUCUAAGUUUGUUUUGGAUUUGAUUUUCUUUGUAAUCCAUGGGCUUUCAAGCUUGG